AUGGCAUACAAGGACAACGAUGAUGACUCUUCCCGUCUCCCUGAGGGCUUCGAGCGUAUUGGAUACGACGCCGAUACGCAAGUCUACACAUUCAAGUCGCCAGAGGGAGAACUGUACGAGUCGGCGCCCGGCAAUCGGUACGGCGAGCUGUGGCCUGCUGGGCAGCGUCCGCAGUACAGUCAGGAGGACUUGGAGGCAAACAACGAGCUGAUAGAGAGAGGCAACCUGGAGAGUGUCAGGAUGAUGAUGCCCUUUGUGCUAGUCAUUGUGUUGUUCUUCGUGCUGGUCAUGAAGAUUAUUUAA